UCUUAAACAGCCUCAGAAAGUCACAGAACCACAGAGAUCAUUUGCUCAGAAUGGCGUUCACAUCUUUUUGUCUGGCUGUUGCUGCAACGCUGAGUAUUCAGCCUGACAGACGACAGUUCUUCCGCUACGAAGCCUUCAAUCUGAGCUGUGCGGUGUCAGGGGACUUCAGCGACUGGAUGGUUAUGAGAAAUACUUCUGACGUAUUUUCUCCUUGUGAAGACUGGGGCCGCCCUAACCGAUCCUCCUGUAUCAAUCGCAGUGUUUACAAGUCAGACAGUGGGCUUUACUGGUGCCAGUCUAAACGAGGCGAAUGCAGCAAUGUCCUUAACAUCACAAUAAACACUGGUGUUGUGAUCUUAGAGAGUCCAGCACUUCCUGUGAUGAAUGGAGAAAAAGUGACGCUUCGCUGCUCCUACAAAGAAAGAUAUGGCAAUUCGACAUCAAAUUUCCCUGCUGCCUUCUUUAAAAAUGGUGAAUUUAUUGGAGAGGAGCCUCAAGGAAAAAUGUCCCUCGAUGUGUCGAUGUCCAGCAAAGCAUUUUACAAGUGUAAACAUCCCACCAAAGGAGAGUCACUAGAGAGCUGGCUGGAAGUAAAAGAGAAACCUGAACCCUUAAAGAUCGACGAACCAUCUAAAUCUACCGCUUCUUCUCAGAUGAUUAGUCUGCUCUGCACCAUCAUAUUGUUUUUCAUCUACACCAUUGUCUUCAUUGUGUGUAUAAUUAUAUACCGAAGGUGGGCGCGAGGUAAGCAGAUGGCUACAUUUAAUGAAUAGUCCAAUUUCUUUCGAUUUCUGAAGAAUAAUAUUAUAAGCUGUUCAAUCAAUGAUAUCGAAAUAAAUGAAAUUAUAAUUAUGGAAAAGCAAACAUUAUGAGAUUGAAAAGAA